AUCACACUGUGGCGACAACUAUGCGUCUUGUUUCCCUCUCAAAGAAAACUCCUGUCUGUCCCAUUCAUUGAAAGUCAGAAGGGGAAGGAGAGAGUGAGAAAGGGAGCUGAGCAGAGAAGGAAGGAGUGAGUUUUCUGGAAAGCCCGAAGAAACCAGCGAAACAAAGGAAGCUGCGUUUGCGUUGCAUGUCUUGUCCGUCUCAGGAGCUCGGUGAUACUCUUAGACUGAAUAGCUACCUUUUCUUGUUUGGUAGAAUUGGUACGAAGGAGAUACGUGGAGGUGGGAAACUGCGGAUUUUUUUUAGAAGAUCGAGAGGUUUUUAAGCAGCAAAGUGCUGAACACGGAGUGACCGAACCAAAUAUUUCGCUUUAAGAAAAUCUGGUGAAUCUGUAGCCAGUACUGCGCGCGUGUUAUUAUUUUUUUUUCUUUUACCAGUGUUAAAUAAAACACGAACAAAGGAAGGCUUAAGUAGGGUAUGUGUAAGACGAGCCAAGAUUUACCAUUAUUGCCUUUGAAACAGGGCCUGAUGCAUUUCUGAAGCCAACAAUAAAUACUCCAUACAUUUUCUCUCGGGAAUCUUUUGUUUUCUAAAAACAAUCGGACUAAGCAAAAGGCUCACAGCCCCCAAAAAUGUACCCCCAGAAUCGACCCCCGGCACCUCUCCAGCCACCCCCGGGGUCCUCGGCCUCGGCGGCCAUGGCGGCGGCAGCCACUGCGUCCGGGGCCCCCCAGUCUCUGAAGCUCACUUAUCCAGAGACCCUGGACCGCAUCAAGGAGGAGUUCCAGUUCCUGCAGACGCAGUACCAAAGUUUGAAGUUGGAGUGUGAGAAGUUAGCUACAGAGAAGACUGAGAUCCAGAGGCACUACGUGAUGUACUAUGAGAUGUCGUACGGCCUUAACAUCGAAAUGCACAAGCAGACGGAGAUCGCCAAGCGGCUGAACGUGAUCUGCGCCCAGCUCGUCCCAUUCCUGUCGCAGGAGCACCAGCAGCAGGUGAUACAGGCCAUGGAACGCGCCAAGCAGCAGCAGCUCCAGGUGCAGCACCUGUCCCAGCACGCCGCUCAGGGCCUGCCCAUGCCCCCCCACGCCUCAGCGCUGCAGCACCCUGGCCUCGCCCUGGGCGGGACCUCUGGGCUGCUGGCGCUGUCCGGCGCGCUGGGGGUCCAGCUGGCCGCCAAGGACGAGAGGGCCCACCUGGCUGCGGUGGCGGCGGCGGCGGCAGAACACCACAGAGAUCGUGAGGCAGGACCCAGCUUGCUGUCCAAUGGGGAUAAAGGUCGUCCAUCCGAGUACCUCAGCAACGGGAAGAAGAGGAAGGCAGACGAGAAGGAGUUAAUGGCGGACUAUGGCAGCGAUGCUGAGAAGAGUGAUGAUAAUUUGGUCGUGGAUGAGGAUCCUUCGUCCCCUCGCAGCGUGCAGUCCUACUCCUCCCGGGAGAACGGCCUGGACAAGCUGCCUGCCUCCCGCAAGGAAAUCCCACCCCAGGCCAGCCCCACGUCUCUGGCCUCCUCCAGCAGUGCGGCCUCACCCUCCCGUGGCAAAGACCCCCCCCCAAGGGAGAAGUCUAGCACCCCUGUGAUGAAGCCGGGAACCCCCAUGCCCUCAGAAUCAUCCACCCCAGGCCCCAGUGCCCCCCCGCAGUUCCGCCCGGUUCCAGGGAAGCCUUCGGUCGACCCGCUUGCUCUGGGCCUGAGGAACCCUCUGGCGGUGCACGCCGCCUAUCCCUCCGGGGCGUUUGGGCUGCCCCCUCCUGGCGUGAACGGGGAGAUGAGCGCCGCGGCGGCGGCCGCCGCGUAUGGAGCCGGCCUGCACCUGGUCUCCCCGCAGCUCAAUGGGGCGGCAUCGGCUGGCUAUGGGAGAUCCCCUGUGGUUGGAUACGACUCCCCCCACCCCCACAUGAGGCUGCCUGCGGGCUUGCAGGCCUCUGCUGCCGGAAAGCCCGCCUACUCCUUCCAUGUGAGCGCAGAUGGGCAGAUGCAGCCGGUCCCCUUCCCUCCGGACGCCCUGCUGGGCCCGGGCAUCCCGCGCCACGCCCGGCAGAUCCACACCCUGAACCACGGGGAGGUGGUCUGUGCCGUCACCAUCAGCGCCUCCACGCGCAACGUCUACACCGGCGGCAAGGGCUGCGUGAAGGUGUGGGACAUCAGCCAGCCGGGCAGCAAGAGCGCCAUGGCCCAGUUGGACUGCCUGAACAGAGAUAAUUACAUCCGGUCCUGUAAGCUGCUCCCCGACGGGCGCACCCUCAUUGUCGGGGGGGAGGCCAGCACACUGUCCAUCUGGGACUUGGCCACGCCCACCCCACGCAUCAAGGCCGAGCUGACGUCGUCGGCCCCCGCCUGCUACGCCCUGGCCAUCAGCCCCGACAACAAGGUCUGCUUCUCCUGCUGCAGCGACGGCAACAUCGUGGUCUGGGACCUGCACAACCAGACCCUCGUCAGGCAGUUCCAGGGCCACACGGACGGGGCCAGCUGCAUCGACAUCUCUAACGACGGAACCAAGCUGUGGACGGGGGGGCUGGACAACACGGUGCGCUGCUGGGACCUGCGGGAGGGUCGGCAGCUGCAGCAGCAUGACUUCACCUCCCAGAUCUUCUCCCUUGGAUACUGUCCCACCGGCGAGUGGCUGGCUGUGGGCAUGGAGAGCAGCAACGUGGAGGUUCUGCACGUCUCCAAGCCCGACAAGUACCAGCUGCACCUGCACGAGAGCUGCGUGCUCUCGCUGAAGUUCGCCUACUGCGGUAAAUGGUUUGUCAGUACGGGCAAAGACAACCUCCUGAAUGCCUGGAGGACACCGUAUGGAUCGAGUAUUUUCCAGUCAAAGGAGUCAUCUUCGGUGCUCAGCUGCGACAUCUCUCCUGACGACCAGUUUAUUGUCACGGGCUCAGGUGACAAGAAGGCCACCGUGUAUGAAGUCAUCUACUGAGGACAGUGCUGAUUGGAUUUUUGGGUGGUGGCGAGGACCAAGCAGCCAAUCAGUGACUGGAGUGGGGGGGGGGGGUGCUUUGAACCAGAAGGACACCUGUAUUUUUUUUUCUUCUUCUUGCCUAUUAAAUGGAUUUGAGGGGAAGAUCGGAUCUUCAGGAGUCAGAGCUGUGCUGAGGCUCAGAAAAAGCUAGCAGUCUAGCUACAGAAAUGUGAUUCUUCCAAAGAAUGUUUGCUUUUGUUUUUUUCUUCUUUUUUGAAACUUUUUUUUUAUUUUUAUAAAUCUCUACAUGUUCUUCACAAGCAAAGUGACUUGGGCUUGUGUAACUCGGGACCCCCAGGGCUGUGGACGCUUCUAAAAGUCACCGUUGACUUUCUCCUACUGGGCUGCUUUCGGUCAGUGUCUCCUUGUGCUGACCUCAUCUUAACGGCAUUAAUUAGAUAGCCGGUAGUGGGAUUCAGGUUUGCAUUAGUGGUCGACUUAACGGCACAAACGAUGACCGAAUGCAGUCAGAAGAAAGAUGCUGAGAUGUUUGUGGCUUCAGGAAAAAAAACCACUUACAGCAGAAGCAGGUGUCUGAACCUUGGUAAUUUUUUCCCCUAAAUGAGGAAUCAUCUAAAGUUUUCUACUGGCUGUUGACAUUUUACCAGCCCUUGGUAACUUGCCUCAU